GCAACAGCAGCAGAGCCAAAAUGGCGACCGGCGGAGAUCCUGCGUGACACCGAACCGAGUCACAACACCGAGAGCCGCGGUUCCCGGACACCGGCAUCAGCGCCAUGGCCUCCGCUCACGGGCGGCUGGGUCAGCACUUCCUGGCCGUGCUGGAUGUGGUUCUGCGGGUCCCGAGCAUCUUUAUAAUCGACGCCAUAUUGAACUCGUACUCUGAUCCCGGUACCGGAUGGAGCGGCGCCGCCGGGAGAGCGAUGAUCCGCGCGCUGGGUAUUGUGGUGUCCAGUGUGGUUCUGGUGCUUUCCCAGAAGUCCCUGUUCAAGUUCUACACGCUCUUGAUGGCCGUUGUGCUGGGUGCAGCGUCAGUGCUGGUUAACUACUACGCCACGGCGCACGCCGACUUCUACAGCGCCUACAACAGUGCUGCAGUGCUGCCGCGGGACGGGCCGACGCUCUGGCUAGCGUUAGCGCUGAUGCAGCUGCUGCUGGGGUUGGGCUAUGUGGCGCUGCUGCGCGUGCGGUCAGUGUGUGCUGCUCUGCUAUUACUGGACAUCAUGGCGCCGCUGUGGGGGCUGAUACUGGAGCUGCCGGCGGACAUGCGGCAAGUGCUAGCGAUAGCGUCAGGAGUGAUCCUAGCAACACAUGCUGCGCUAAACCUGCUGCUAAAGCUGAAGUGGUUCUACUACUCCUGCCGCUACGUCUACCUGCUGCUGCGCCACAUGUACCGCAUCUACGGCCUGCAGCUGCUGCUGGAGGACACCUGGAAACGCAUCCGCUUCCCCGACAUCCUGCGCGUCUUCUGGCUUACCCGCGUGACCGCGCAGGCUGUCAUCCUGCUAUACGUGGUGCGCGUGGUGCGCUCUGAAAGCGGCAUGCAGCUCGGAUGGGACGUGUUGUGGGAUUUGUCCAGUAAUCUGAUCAUUAGCGGCUGCGACUCGACGCUAACUGUCCUCGGGAUGAGCGCAGUCAUAUCGUCUCUAGCGCAUUACUUGGGUCUUAGCAUCCUAGCGUUCAUCGGCUCCACAGAAGAGGAGGAUAAGCGGCUGGGGUUUGUUGCGCCUGUGUUGUUCUUCAUCCUGGCGCUGCAGACGGGUCUAAGCGGCCUGGACCCCGAGGAGCGGCUGGUGCGGCUCAGCAGGAACAUGUGCCUUUUGCUAACGGCGAUUCUGCAUUUCAUCCACGGGAUGACAGAUCCGGUGCUCAUGUCUCUCAGCGCGUCGCACGUGUCGUCAGUGCGCAGACAUGUGCCGGUUCUGCUGGUGUCGCUAGUUCUGUUUGCGCUGCCUGUCCUGCUCAGUUUCCUGCUGUGGCAUCAUUACGCGCUCAACACGUGGCUGUUCGCCGUCACGGCGUUCUGCAUCGAGCUGUGUCUGAAGGUUCUGGUGUCGCUCACUGUAUACGCACUCUUCAUGAUGGACGGGUUCUAUAACGUGCUGUGGGAGAAGCUGGACGAUUACGUCUACUACGUGCGCUCUACAGGCAACGUGAUUGAGUUCAUAUUCGGCGUGAUCAUGUUUGGAAACGGAGCGUACACUAUGAUGUUUGAGUCGGGGAGUAAAAUCCGCGCGUGCAUGAUGUGCCUUCAUGCGUAUUUUAACAUUUACCUGCAGGCCAAAAACGGCUGGAAGACGUUCAUUAACCGCCGCACGGCUGUCAAGAAGAUCAACUCUCUGCCGGAGGUCCGAGGCUCGCGACUGCGGGACAUCGAGGACGUCUGCGCCAUCUGCUAUCAGGAGUUCGGCUCGUCGGCGCGCAUCACGCCCUGCAGCCAUUACUUCCACGCGCUCUGCCUGCGCAAGUGGCUGUACAUCCAGGACACGUGUCCCAUGUGCCACCAGCGCGUCUACAUCGAGGACGACACCAGCGAGCGCUCCACCUUCUCUAAUAAUAACGGAUAUGGGGCAGCAGGACAGGAGAGGGCGGAGUUUGAGGAGAAUGAGGGCGGGGCUGAGGACGGCGUGGCUGCGGCAGGGGUGGAGCCAGAAAACGAGCUGCUGGAGGAUAAUGACAGUAUUGAGUAUGACGAGGAGGAGUGGGGAACGCAGCCCGGCGUCACGCUCAUCGAGGAGGACUACAUUAAUGACGACACAGACUCCAACUGAACCAGCGGGAUAUUUAAGAUCAGGGACGUUAUGUAUUGUUUAGAUCUGUGGUUAGAAAUCGUUCGAGAUCCAUUCCGGAUUGAUCCUGAGAUUUUCGAAUUGCAUCGCUUUUCUCGCCUGAAUCACAUAGUUUCUAACAGCAGGCGGCGCUCUAGGCUAGUUUUUACCAGUAGACAACGGUCUAGGCUAGUUAUUAACACCAGAUAGUGCUCUAGGCUAGUUUUUGCCAGCAGACAGUGUUCUAGGCUAGUUUCUAACAGCAGAUGUGCUAUAGGCUAGUUUGGACAGUAGAUGGCGCUCUAGGCUAGUUUUUAACAUCAGGUGGUGCACUGCCUGCAGUCAAAAACCUAGAGCAUGUUCUGCUUUUAAAACACUAGGCUAGAACACCAUCUGCUGGUUAAACUAGCCUAGAGCAUCAUCUGCUAAUAAACACUAGCCUACAACACCAUCUGCUGGUAUAAUAUAGCCUAAAACACCAUCUGCUGUUAAACACUAACCUAUAGCGCCAUCUGCUAGCCCUAUCUGCUGUUUAAAACUAGUCUAGAGCACUAUCUGGUGUUAAAAAAUAGUCUACAGCGCCAUCUGCUGUUAAACACUAGCCUAGAGUGCCGUCUUCUUUUAAAAACUAGCCUAGAGCGCCAUCUGCUGGUGAAAACAAGCCUAUAGCACCACCUGCUCUUAUAAACUAGCCUAGAGUGCCAUCUGCUGGUGAAAACUAGCCUAGAGCGCCAUCUACUGUUAGAAACAAGCCUAGAGCGCCAUCUGCUGAUUAAAACUAGCCUAGAGCGUCGUCUGCUGAUUAAAACUAACCUCACAAUUCGUUCAAGAGAGAAUAGUGAUGCAUUUUGAGAAUCUUCGGAUCAAUACAGAAUGGUUUUCUCGAGUGAUUUCUCAGCCACAGCUCUAGUAUUUUCGUUGUGUUCGUAUUAAAAGGGCUGAUCAUGUGUUUUUCCUGGAGCGCUCUUGCCGAUGUUUGGCUGAAGGAGUAAACGCUGAAGAGUGACGCGCUACUGUAAUGGCAGUAUACCUCCGUAUGAUCACUACUGGUCUCUUGUGUGACCUCUCCUAUAAUUGUGUACAUUAUUGUACAUGUAAUAAAAGAAUGAUACACUGACGUAAGACUGCAGAAAGCUGAAUCAGCUGUUCAUCUCAGCUCCGCCGCUCUCCUCGCACACGCUGUUGCUUUCUGACCACAUCUUACAAUGCAAAUAACAACACAUUUCACCAUAAACACACACAGCGUUUGGCUUUUCUGAUUAAAUUCACGAUUAAAAUGUUUGAUUUCAGGUUUAAAUGUUGAUUUGCCAACAGGACUGAUGUACAGAAAUGAUCAGCUUUAGUUCUUUUGUAAAUAAAAUUUAAUUAAGCUGA